UUAGAAUGGAUUACAGAGUGUUCCAUUAAAGUCGACACAUCCGGCGGUAAACGCACUCAUACCUCUCUCGAGGACCUGUUCGUUCGCGUACAAGACUAAAGCUGUGAAGGUUGUGGAGAGUCUAGGCCUAGGAACCUGCCUCGUAAAGGCUACCUUAGCAGAAUCAGAAUUGAUUUACUGAUCGAACCUCACCCUCGAAAUCGAGGUUAUGCUGCCUUUACAACCAAAUCCCGCUCUUACGUCUUGGCAUGGGACGUCCCAUCUACAUCACGAUGGGAAACUGCCUAUCGAUCUCAAGCUCCGGGGAGCGGAGUUUGCGAGCAGUGCAUUCUUGGAAGGGGUACACGCCGUUCGUGGAUAAAUAUAUUAAGACGGGUGUGAAAGCAGUUAACGCCAAUUUUGACGAUUGCGAGUCGGAUAUGGAUGACGCAGAUAGUGGUUUCAACGAGGAUGAUGGUGAUCAGAGUACGAAGGACAUCGACACCGCACUGGCGCCGCCUAUGACAGAACCGUCAUGGCCAGAUUUUGAGUGCCAAAACCUUCAACGAGUGUAUGAGGAGCCGUAUUCAGCAGACCAUCCUUUACAAAACCCCUCGAUAAUGGCUUCCUUAUCAGGAUCAUCACCACGAACGGCGUUAGCAUCUCUGUCUGUCGAUGACAUUGACCCACCAGCAGAAGAAACCACAGCCGAGCCUCUUGAUGGUGUGUUAUCGCCAGUUUCAUACAGAGAGAAAAUCCAUGAAACAGAAGUACAAGGGGCAGAGCCCUUGGGUCUAUCUGACAUCUGAAUGACGCCGCGUAUAAGACUUGGAAAGCCCUUCUGGCGCAUUUGUACCCUCGCGAUCUCUCUUUUGCAUCUCUCAAGCCCAAUGAGAUCGCAACAACGGAUGCAUAUCCGUCCAAGUCGAUGUAUCGCUCCGCUGUGAAGGCGAGCGAUUACAGGCACAAGCUUAUUUUAUUUCUUCUGGUUUCCCAAUCAGGCUGGACAUUCGUACGCAGUUGACGCCGAGUAACAU